AUGGGUAAACUUGGCGACCUCAUCUCACAUCCACUGGAACUCAAAGCGGCUCUAAAAUUAAAGUACAUCCGCAAGCCGCUUUUUUCCUUGAACGACACCAAAGAGACACCCGAGCUUAGAAGAUGCUAUCAAUUGCUCACUAAGACAUCUCGGUCUUUCGCGGCGGUGAUCAUGGAGCUUCAUCCAGAACUCCGCAAUGCCAUUAUGCUUUUCUAUCUGGUAUUGAGAGCUCUAGACACGAUUGAAGACGACAUGACCAUUGACCCGAAGGUCAAGGUGCCAUUGCUUCGCGAUUUCGACUCCAAGUUGGAUCUUGAAGAUUGGUCUUUCAAUGGCAAUGCGCCUACAGAGAAGGACCGCUGUGUCCUCGUCGAGUUCCCUUGCAUCUUGAAAGAAUUGCACAAGUUAAAGCCAGAAUAUCAAAGAGUCAUCAAGGAGAUCACCAACAAGAUGGGCAACGGUAUGGCGUCUUACAUUCUAGACGAGAACUUUAACCUAAACGGCGUCUCUACAAUUAAGGACUAUGACUUGUACUGCCACUACGUCGCAGGCCUUGUUGGGGACGGUUUGACGCAGUUGAUUGUGCUAGCGAACUUUGGCACUCCAGAUCUUUACAAUGAGUCUGCCUACCUAUUCGAGAGCAUGGGACUUUUCUUGCAGAAAACCAACAUCAUCAGAGACUAUGCCGAGGACCUCGAAGAUGGCCGCUCGUUCUGGCCAAGAGAGAUUUGGUCCCUCUAUGCCGAUAAGCUGGUCGAUUUCUCACUUCCGGAGCACACGCAGGAUGGGCUACACUGUAUCAGUCACCUUGUUCUAAAUGCCCUGAGCCAUGUCGAGGACGUGUUGACCUUCCUGAGCUCCGUUCACGAGCAAUCGUCGUUCCAGUUUUGCGCAAUCCCUCAGGUUAUGGCUAUUGCCACCCUCGCCUUGGUGUUCGGAAAUCCAGAAGUGCUUCACAAAAACGUCAAGAUUAGAAAAGGUACCACUUGCUUCUUGAUUCUAAAGUCUAGAACGUUGCGUGGUUGUGUCGAGAUCUUCCAAUACUACUUGCGUGACAUUAAGAAGCGUCUUGCCGUGGAUGACCCCAACUACCUAAAGAUCAACAUCCAGAUUGCCAGAAUCGAGCAGUUCAUUGAAGAAAUGUACCAAGAACAGCUGCCUGCUGGCGUCAAACCCAAUGAGACCCCGAUCUACAAGAAGGUGAAGGAAAGAAGCGCCAUUGACACCGAGGUUGCCCCUGCCCAGAUGGAAGAAGAAUACCAAUUCAACAUGGCGAUAACAAUGGUUCUGACAGCCUUGGCCGCCGUUUAUUUUUACGUGAGAUAG